AUGGCAGGUUCUCAACUUCUUUCUUUGGCUUUAUUCAUCUCAGCUAUUGCAUUUCACUUGGUUGAGGCUAAUUUCCCAGACAACAUGUAUAUCAAUUGGGGUGCCCAUCACUCUUGGAUGCAAGGCGAGGAUCUUCGGCUCGUCCUCGAUCAAUCCUCAAGUUCUGGUGUUCAAUCAAAAGGAAUAUUUCUAUUUGGAAGCAUUGAGAUCAAACUGGUACUGGUACCUGGUAACUCUACUGGAACGGUCACUGCAUACUAUCUAUCUAGUCAACAGAAAAUCACUGGUGACAAGCAUGAUGAGAUCGGCUUUGAGUUUCUAGGGAAUGUAUCAGGACAACCCUAUAUUAUCCACACUAACAUUUUCACUCAAGGCGUAGGAGGCAGGAAACAGCAAUUAUAUCCAUGGUUUGGAAUGGACCAGGUAGCAUCACCAAACAACUGA